GUCUCACCGAGGGAGCAAGCAUGGCGGCAUCUGUUGCAAGGGGCUGCUGGGCUACCAUGGUCCCAGGCGGGAACUUUCCAUCUGCCAGGGCUCUGCUCCCUGUGCCGGCCUCUGUCACCUGCCGGGCCCUCGCGGGGCCGGGCUGGCGGCACAUCACGGGACCUUCUGAACCUGGCGCGUUCCAGCCGCCGCUGAAGCCGCUAAUCGUGGACAAGCGCCGGCUGCAGCGCCGGGAAAGCAGGUUCUUGAGUCCUGAAUUCAUUCCUCCAAGGGGAAGAACAAAUCCUCUGAAAUUUCAAAUUGAAAGAAAAGAUAUGUUAGAAAGGAGAAAAAUACUCGACAUUCCAGAAUUCUAUGUUGGAAGCAUUCUGCGUGUUACAACUGCUGACCCAUAUGCCAGUGGGAAAACCAGCCAGUUCCUGGGGAUUUGCAUCCAGAGAUCAGGAGCAGGACUUGGAGCUACGUUUGUCCUUAGGAAUACUAUUGAAGGACAGGGUGUGGAGAUUUGUUUUGAACUUUAUAAUCCUCGAAUCCAGGAAAUCCAAGUAGUCAAAUUAGAGAAACGGCUGGAUGAUAGCUUGCUAUACUUGCGAGAUGCCCUCCCUGAAUAUAGCACUUUCGAUAUGAGUAUGAAGCCAAUAGCACAAGAACCUAGCCAAGAAGUUCCUGUUAAUCAGCUGAAAGUAAAAAUGAAGCCCAAGCCGUGGUCCAAACGCUGGGAACGUCCAAAAUUUAAUAUUAAGGGGAUCAGAUUUGACCUUUGUUUAACUGAAGAGCAAAUGAAAGAAGCCCAGAAGUGGAGUCAGCCAUGGCUUGAGUUUGAUAUGAUGAGGGAAUAUGACACUUCCAGAAUUGAAGCUGCAAUAUGGAAUGAAAUUGAAGCAUCGAAAAAUUCCUGAUCUGAGAAUGAGUUUAGUUACUUGCAGAGGAUAUAAUGACACCCAGAGGAUUUGUUUAGAAACCAAUUUAAUCUCUUAUACAAGGACAUCAUCAUUAAAUCAACCAAACAUUUGUUAUUUUAUGAAUAUUUUAAAAAUUAGCAUACCAGUUUAUUACUUUAAAAAGAAAAAUGUACAUGCCAAGUGGUCUGAUGUCCAUUCUCUUAAUGGAGGCAAAGCUACAAUAGAGUCAAACUAGUACUGGUACUGGGAUGCUCUUCACUGAGCUUGGAAUCUGAAUAAGGAAGUGGAUAGGAUGAUUUUUUAAAUUUGUGAAAUUAUAAAUACAA